CGUCGACUUCCUUCCUGCUGUCUCCAGCAUCAUGGCGAACUUGGAGCAGACAGAAGACGACCCAAAACACGCAAAAAUGUCCACCGAAGUCUCAGUUUUAACCAAUCCGACAGCAAACGGACCUUCUGCGGCAGGCGGUGGAGACCCAGGCGCGUUCCCAAGUCUGAUCCCGUCGUUCGCGAGCGCAUGCAAGUUGGUGUCAACGCCGUACUCGUGUCUGGUCAUGGACACGCACAGAAGACAUAUUGCCCUGUCGCCCAUGUACCUGAAGAAGAAACGGACAGGGAUCCAAGAGGAACUGAACACCGAACUGCUAAGAUACUCAGAAAGUCUGAAAGGUGUGCCUCUGGCCUAUGAUGAGGUCAGUUUGCUGGGGCAGCUUGGAGACAUCUACGACGAUAACGGAUACAUUCACCUCGACAUACAAGCCAACUUUGUCGUCUUCCAACCCCAGAGAGGACAGAAACUACUGGGUACAGUUAAUAAGCUUGGUGUGAGUCACGUGGGCUGUCUGGUCCAUGGCUGUUUCAACGCCAGCGUUCUGAAGCCAGUCCACGUCUCCAUGGAGACCUGGAGGGAGGCUGGACCCAGGAUAGGGGCGGAGCUGGAGUUUGAGGUCUGUCAGCUAGACGCAGACAUAGUCGGAGUACUGCUGAUCAGAGGAAGACUUGGCAGGACACGGGUUCAGGAGCUGAUGGCAGCUGGAGAGAGUUCUGAUCCUACUGACCCCACGGAACAGCUAGAGGAACCAGACGCAGAACCUGCUCUAGAACCCAACCAGGACUGGUCCGAUGCCACCGUCAAACCCAAGAAGAAGAAGAAAAAGGAGAAACACAGAGAGGAGGUGGCUUCAGUACCAGCCCCCGGAGCCGUUAUCAGCGGAACAGCGGAGGACAGUAGCACUAACGGCCACACUGAGACGAGGAAGAAGAAGAGGAAGGAGAAACGACAGAACGAAGAGGAUGAGGAGAAAGAAGUGGGGGGGGAGGGUCCCGUGGAGGUGCAGGGGAGCGACUCCAGUGGUUACCUUAGUGACAAGCCAAACAGGAAGAGGAAACAGGGUGACGAUAUCACGUCCUGUCUCCAUGGAGAUCCUGAAACGCCCAAAACUAAGAAGAAGAAAAAUAAAUGAUGUCACUGCGACUAAAAUUGAGUGAAACUGAAUGAACAUUAAAAGAUGAUGAUGUUGAUAUAAUGAAAUGUCUUAAGUACACCUGGUGACAUAGUUUGGUUCCAUCUUCAGCCCUAUGUGGCCUCCCAUACUGUUGGAGUGGUCCGUGUCUCUCUCUUGAUGCAGCUCUUUGUGUAGUUCCCUUUACAAACCUGCAGAGGGAGCCAAAUCAUUUCUAGGAGCCUCCAUUUGCUCUUGGUAAAGAACUCCAGUGUUUGUUAGCCAGGUUUUACCCUUCUAGCUACGGUUAGAACGCAUCAACAUGCUGUAGGGCUAUUCAUCACGGCUUUACCACGGUCUUCAAAUCUGAAAUGGCAACCUAUUCCCUGCAUUGUGCACUAGUUUGGGCUAGGGUCACAUAGGGCUAUCAUAUAGGUUGUUUGCCAAAAGUAGUGCACUAUGUAGGGAAUUAGGGUUUAAUUUGGAACAGGGAUGGUGUUCUGUUGUUCUCAAGGCCCCAGAGGGAAGAGAUGUUGCCAGGGUCUAGUCCUUCUACAUUUGAAUAGGUGACACAUUGAAGACUUCAGCAAAGCAGAGAAAAGUGUUUGUAUUAAUUAAAUAAUUAUAUAUUUGGGA